AUGCCGCAAGGAGCAAGACAAGAAAUUAAGGAAGGCAAGGGCCAACCAGCUGCCGUAGGUAAAGCUCAUUCAUUAGUCUCGGCUAUCAAAAACAAAUCUCAGGAAGAUUCGGCCACCGGCUCAAGUCCAUGUACAAAUUAGGUUAAGUUAGCACUUUGUUAGGAGGUGACGCAGUUCCAAUGCUCAUCUCUUAUUGUAGUUUAAUAUUAGUAUAGUUAACAAUGUGAGCGUACCCCGUGAAGGGGAAAACAGGAUUUUACAAAACGUUUAAUUAUACUCAUUAAAAAGCAAUGACAGUAAUGGCAUAGCAAUGCGAAAAACUAAUUCCCCACUGCUGUUGGUCAAUUGGAAAAAAAAAAAAGGAGUAUUAAGUAGUUUUUUUGGCUUUUUUGUUUUAGCAGUAUUUCUGUGUAUUUCAGUUCUCUGUGCAUAUGUUUUCAUAAUAACUACAGUUGUAUUUUAUUUUACAAUUUUAAGCCAUUAUAAUCAUUAUACAACUGUAGGCAUGUUAUAAAUUAAUGAAGUACACCCAAUCAGGACUCACUAUUUCCUAGUAGUCUCUAGCAAUGCUUAGUAUGCUUAUAUGCAACAAGGUCAAGGUUUCUGGUGUUAUAAUUUCGUUUUGGCGGUUCGACCGUUGUCUCUUAUCAUUGAUUUCUAGUAACAAAAAAAUGUACAAGAGUCGUUUAUAUAUGUUUGCAUAAUUGCAUAUUUACAAGGAAAUAGGUAUACCAGUGGAUGAUAUCAUUGAGAGAUGAUCUUCUAUGAAAAACCGAAGGUCAGACUUUGUAUUAUAAAUUUAUAACAUGCAUUAAAACAUUAUAUUUAAUUAAAUAAAAAUAUCCCAUUUUAUGUUUAAAAACAAACGGAUAUACUUCACACGGUAGGUAUAACUGUAGAUGAAAAGUUAGGAAGGUAGAGGGGAUAUUUAAUGUAUAAACGCAAAGAUUAAUCAUUUCUAACGAAAAACGAUUCUGAACGGAGUUCGAUUAUACAUGUUUUGAAAGGCCGUAAUAUUUACGAUCUGAUUUUAACUCUUAUGAAAAAAAAAAAUACUGCAUAACACCCAAGUGUUUUCUUGACCACGAAGUACGAAUUAUAAUGAACCUUCUCUUAAAUUCCCAAGCAUUUUUGAUUAGACUAACAAAAUAAAAAUUACAUAAAAAAUUCGCAAAAUUAAAAUGUCCAUAAAUAGCCCAAAACUGGCUUAAACUUUUUGAACAUUUUACCACGUCUAGAAAAAUCAAAUAUAAAUUUCCUUGAAAUCAUUCAAGUCUCUACGAAUAUUUUAAAAAAAAUUUUAAAUGAAAAAUAAAUUAUUUUUGUGAAUUUUCCUGUUCUUUCUACGUAUUUUCCGGUAAACGGUUUAACUACAAAGAAAAUAAAAAAAUUACUUUCUUGAUCAUCAACUAGAUUAAAAAUUCAACAAAAAAGAUAUCUUGUUUUUUUAUAGGAAAAAUAUUUCUGGUAAAAAAUAAACUGUAAAAAUUUAUAAUAAAGGAAUCAUAGCACCGUGCUGUGCCGUAAAUUUAUCAUUUUUCAUUUCUUGUCUUUUUCAGUGCUUCUAAACCAUUUUUAUACAUGGUAUCGCCAAUAUUAUUUUUCCAAAUUUAUAAUUCACUCAUACAUAUAACAUUAAUCAUAUCGACAUUAGGAGAAUAAAAUUCAACAAGUUUUUGAUUUGAAUAUUGAAGAAGACAAUCAAAUCCUAAAAAGAAAAAAAAUCAUGGAGGUAGAUCCACCCCGUAAAUACGCCAUUGCCCUAUGCUUUAUAUUUACCAUAAAUACGUUUACGUUUUAAACAACCUUUUAAUUAUUUUUUUUCAUUUUAUCUGUUACUAAGGUAAUCCAUAAAAAAAAAAAAUUUGAUAAUACUGAAAAACUUAAUUUUGGGGGACGAUUUUCAAUAAGGUGUGGAUUUCAAUAACUAUAAACUUUCUCCAGACAACGUGGAUAAUUUUGCAAAAACCACGUAAAUAUUAAUCCAGUAGUUUUUGAUAUUAGCCGUUACAAAGAUUUGCAUUACGUUACAAUUUCACAUUCAUAAUCUAUAACUAAUAUAUCUAUUAAUCUGUAAUCUCACAUAGACUCUGUAUUUUUCUCUGACGACCAAAUCUAAAAAAUAAUGCUUUUAACAGAACUUUUUUUUUUUCAAUAAAAAAGAACAAUUUUGUUUCCAUAGUUUCCUGCUUAAAAUCUAUACAUAAAAAAGUAAAAAUGAUUUUUUUUUCUAGUUUUCUGAGCUAUUCAUCUAAUUUUUCUUUUGAUAAAAACCUUCCUUACGGUUAAAGGAAUAUUAAAAAAAAAAAAACAGCCAAAUCGGUUCAGACAUUUUCGGUUCAGCCCAAGUUUUGGGCUUACUAACAUUUUAAGCAAUUAAUUUUUUUUAAAAAAGAUAUGCAUUACAUAAUUCAGAAAACUAUUUUAGAUUCUGAGUGUAGGGAAGGAGCUAUUGGUUUUACUAAGAUGUUUAUUUUUUUUCUUGUCUGUGGAUACGUGUUUUCCUAGUAAACUUGUUCCGAUGUAUAAAUGUAGCAUUUUUUUGAAAGCUCAAGUUGACUAUAUUGUACUUUAAACAGUUCAUUUUUUGAUUUUCGACGCCAUUUUUUAAAUAAAAACACUAGAAUACCUUUUUUGUUGCCUUUAUGAUUUACUUUCUUACGAUUUCAUUGCCAAAACUUUUGAACUUUUAAAGAAUUUAAAUUUUUGAGAGUUUUUUGCUGUAAUUUGGUUAUAAGUAGAGACUUGAAAUUUGGUAAUAAUAUUUAUAUUAAACUUACCUAGAUGUGGUAAUAUUUUUAAAAUUAUCAGACGACUUUUUUUCUUUUUUUAAUUUUUUUACCUUGGUACUUUAUUUUUGUUUUUUUUUUAUGCUGUAGACCACUUUUAUCCUAGAAAACUUGCUCCUAUGUAUAAGUAUAGCACCUUUUCUAAAAGUCAAAUCUACUUAGUAAAUUCAUAGGUCAUUUUUUUGAUUUUUGAAACGGUAUUUACUAUUUAAAAUAAACACGAUUAACCGGGGAAAAAAAUACGAUUUUUCACGAUUUCGUUGUUUUAAAUAAGUGCCCAUUACGUUUUUUAGCAGAAAUAUGGCUCUAAUUAAAAAACGACCAGAGACCUUUUUUUGUUGAAUUAUUAAUCGUGUUUUCAAUGAUACAGAUUUUUUUUUGAUUUUUGAAUUAGUUUUCAUCAGAAAAAUUGUAAGAAGAUUAGGUUAAAAAAAAUUACGGCACUUCAAAUUAUAUAUUACUAAAUUGCGCUCGGAAUAGUCUUUCAUCAGCAAUAGUUUAUCAUCGCUUACAGAUUAUAUAAAUAAUAUAACCUUAUGUAUCCUACCUUCCAACUUCUCACCUACAACAGUGGCCGCACCCGUCCCCAGUAUCAGCUCUUUUUAUAUUUAUAUUUUCUACAAAUACUACUUAUGCUAUGUAUAUUUCUCACCACUGGCACCACCCACGCCUAGCCUCCAACCUAACCUCCCACUUGCAAAAAAAUGUGCCCCAUGUUCGGUGCCACUGAAGAUGGUUACGCGUUAUUAUAUAUUUUUGAGUUUUAAAAUAUUGAGUUUGUCUAUAUUGUAGCCGCACAAUGCUGUGAAAAAGUGUUAGCCAUAUCAGAUGACAUAGAUUUUCGGAUUCUCUUUAGCAAAUGUCAACAGAACACGCUGCAACCGAAUUUGGCGUAUACGAAUCAUUUAAUAGCAGAAGAUAUAUCACCAAACUCCAUUCAUGUCUUGGAAAAUAAAGCAAGUGUAUUAUUAGAUAAUGAAGAAUUUGAAGAAAGUUUAUUAACAUAUUUAAAUGGGGUUAAAAGAAGAACACAACCGCCAGUAUUUAAAAUGGGUGUUUUAAAGGUAAGUUCAUGUUUCCUAAAAUUCCUUUAUAUAAAGUAUCAUAAUUUUAAAAAUGACAUAAACAAUAAUCGUUCUAUUUUAUAGACUUUUCAAAUAAUAGACGAUUCAACAAAUUUAAAAAAAAACAAAUAUAGAAAAGGUUGUUUAGGAAAAACUGUUUUGAAGUUGGCAAACCGGAAAAAUUUAGAAAAUGUAGUUGAUUUAGCUAAAAAUCUCGAUCACAAAGGAAAUUAUUCAUUUUAUCUUGGCCGUUUGGCUCAAGAUAAACGGUACUUUGACAAAUUGCUAAAAUCUAGUCGUCCUAAGAAUCCAUUUUAUGAAUCAGAAAAAAAAAUACAAAGCAAUAUGAGAUGUAUGUUAAACGCAAUGGACGUAGCUGAAGUAAGAAAAUACAACUAAUUUAAAAUUAAUAAUUAGUUAAUUUGCAAUUGUUUUAUUUAAGAAUCAAUUGUAUAAAAGAAAACAGUUGUUUGUCUUUAAAUGUGAAGCCAACAAAAUGAGAGGAGACCGAUUAGAAACUCAAAAAAAUCAUAACAAAACGAUAAAAAUUAUGGGGCAUCUACAAAUGGCUAAAUACUUAAAUACUUUAAUUCAAUUAAUUUUAAAUAACAAAUUAAAUGAGGCAACACAAAAAACAGAGAUCUUGUCAAACUUUAUGGAGAAAAUACAUUACAAGUCUAACGUGAUUAUAGAUGUUGUUUAUCGAAGUUUUGGUGUGGCACAAUAUUUAUUAUUUCAAGAUACAAAUGAAUGGAAUGAACAGAAAAAUCAUCAAAGAAUGCUCGUCUUUUUAGGAGCUGCUAAAGACGUGAGCGAAAUGAACAUGGUUAUUUUUAUAGAAUCAAUAUUUGGACGAUAUGAAUCAAAUCCAAAGUAUUACAAGAUUUCAAAUUUAUUUUUUUUAUUCAUCAUAGAUACAUUUUAUUAUAUAUUUUACUGCUUUGUAUAUAACUAGUAUUUCAACUGUGUAGAAUUUAAAUAGAGCAUUCUAAUGGAUGUUUUUAGGUAAUAGUUGAAUUUUCCGUUACUAUUGCGAUCCCGACUCUUCUCUACUUUAGAUGCAUCAGUAUGGAUGUGUUAUUAUAGUUAUGGUACUUUUAAAUUACACAUAUUUGUACUGGUAUUUCCUUUUUUAUAAUCUAAUAUACCUAAAUGUAUAUCGAAUAUCGAUACGUCUACGGGGAAAUCAUACGGGAUUUUCUUUUUCUGUGUUUUUGAGUGAUUUGGCUGCAUAAAAUAAUGAAUUGUAUGUUCUUCUUAUCUCUGGAAGUAAUUCCUCUGGAUUCCUUAGACCAUCAAUGGGGCUCAAUUUAAAGCCCAUAAGCGCUAGACGUAUGCCCGUGUUUAAUGAUGUAUCGAUCAUUUUGAAAUAUUUUGAUUAGAUAUUAUUGAACCAAAGUCAGUUUUGGAUCUAAUUAGUGCUUUGUAGAUCUUUAAUAGUGAAAUGUCAACACCCUAUGAUGUGUAUGCAAUGGAUUUUAAAAUGUCGAGAUUUUGUGUUUUUGAGAUUUUAGUAUAGAUUUUUAUUAGGGUAUCUAAAUGAGCUUAGAUUCAAAUAUCAGACAGGGAAUUUUGAUUUUGAAUGACGUGGGAUAUUCUUGUAGUCUAUUUUUAAUGGAGGUAUUUCAAGAUUUCCUAUUUUUUUUUUUUUUUGGAGAAUAUUAUAUACUAGGAUUUCUUGCUGGAAAAAUUAAAACCGGAAUUAUAUUACCAAUUUCUUAAAUUUUUAAUGGCUAUUGUAGGUAGUUCUGCACAGUCUUAAUGUUUUAGCUUCUAAUUAAAAUUAUGAAAUCAUCUCCGAAUUAGUUGGCUGUUACGGGAGUCACUAUUGUUUCAACAAUAACAUAAUAUAUUGCUAAUAAGAAGACAAUGAUGACUAUUGAUGAUCCUUAAGAUACCUUGUGUGAAAACAUUUGAAAAGGAAUUGGUUAUUUUUACUUGAAAUUGUCUGUCCAUAAGAAAAAUGUUUCCAUAUGACAGUAUUUUGAUUAUUAAUAUGAACAUUCUGUGUCUCCAUACUGAGUUGUACGCUUUAUGUCCAGGCUCGCUAUUCAUAAUAUUUGGUUAUUUUCUAAGUCUCGGUCGAUUUCAGUUUUAGUCAUAAUAUAAAGGUUGUCAAUUUUAUAUCUGGCAUGAUGAAAGCCAUUUUGUUCUUUAUGUAUAAUUUUGUUCUUUUCUAAAUGCUAAAUGAGUCUAGUGAGUCUCUAAAUGAGUUAAUAAUUAUUUCCAUUAUUUUUAUCAAGGUAUUUAGGAUAGUUAUUGAUCUGUAUCCAUCAACAGAUUGCUUAUUUUUUCAUGGUUUUAAGAUUCGGAUGAUUAAACUUUUUCCAUUAAUUUGGUAUUAUUCCUAUUCUCCAUAUCAUGUUAUAUUUUGAUUAGAUGGUUUUUGGCAAUAUUACUGAGAUUGUGAAUAAAGGUGAAUGAAUUUUAUCCAGAUCAAAGCUUCUACUUGUACAUUUACUGAGAGCUAUUUCUAUUUCUUUUUAAGAUAAUGGAUCAUUUAAACUUAUUUAGUCUAGGCAGAAUGAAUUGGUGUCAGAUUUUAUUAGUAUUUUUUCAGAAGUUGUUUUAUAUUAUCCAUACAUUUUUGAUUGUAAAUAUUGUUACUGAAGUUAUUAUGGAAGUAAGUACAUAUUUUUUGGCCAACCAUAUCAGGUUCGUAUAAUAUACCGUAAUCAUCAGUUAAAUGUACUACCUGAUCUGGAUUUAAACUUUUCCGGAGAUUACGGAGAUAAAAUAUUAUGCAUAGGUAGUAUAUCUUCACAUAGACACUGUUGAGUCGGACCAGUCAAAAUAACAUUUUAUUUAUACAAUUGUGAAGAUACAAAAUACUAUUUUACUCUAUAUAAUUACUAAUUUAUUUUACAAUUUUAAUUAAAAAACAAUUUUGGAUAAACAAUGUAUGUCGGAUUAAAUAUAGUUAAUUAAUAUAUAGAUAAAAAAUUUAAAAACUGAAUGGAUGCGUCGUCUGAAGUACUAUGACAAUUGUACUAUAUGAUCAGUUUGUGAUCUUGUAUUUGAUGAAAUGUGAUAAUUUACACAAAAACUUUAACAUAGCUUGGUGGCUCAUACUCAUAAAAUGUACUUAAAUAGUGUUAUGGUAAUACUAAUAAAUAAUAAAAUGGGGAAAUAGUUAUGUUAGAAUUGUAUCUUUAUUUGUAGUCGUAAAUAUUAAGAGCCGCCAAGCUAAGUUAAAUUAUUUAUACAAUAAAUAAAUAAAUAAAAAAUGUAUAUACAGAAAUAAAAAAUUAUAUGUAUUUGUAGAAAUAAAAAUUUAAAAAAUGAAUGAAUGAAUCACCUGGAGUAAUAGGAUAAGUGUAUUAUAUGACCAGUUUCGAAUUAAAAAUUCAUCAUCAGGUAUAUCACAGACGAAAUGUAAAACGCGACUGAAUAUAAAAUAUUAAAUGAAAAAUACAUUAAAAAAAAUUAUACAAAUUGGUCGUUUUACACAGAAAUAAUUUAUUUUAGUAGGAUAGAUUAUUUAUAAUGAAAUAUUAUUAGACAUGGAUAUGUUCAGAAAUAUUAUAAAUUAUUUGGUUAUUAUUUAUUAUCUAAACUGUAUAAAUAUAAGAAAUUUUUUUUAAAAUCGGUUUGUACAUUUAAAAUAUUAAAAUUAUUUUUCUUUAUUUCAUUGUACAUAACUAAUUCUUCUAAAACCGAAUUAAUGUAAAUUUUAUUUCGGUUAUUUAAUGUCUCUAAGGUUAGUCUGUAUUAAUAUCAAAACUUAUGGUUAUUUUCCAAAACAUGUUUAGCGAAAUUUGAAUUAUAGGCAGUCUUUUUUAAUUUUAUUUUAGAAAUAUGUUCUUUAUAGUUUAUUUUAAAAUUUCUAUUUGUCAUACCUAUAUACAAUUUUUUACAGUUAUAUUUACUAGCAUUUUAAAAAGAAGGUGGAUUUUUUGUGAAGUUUUUAGUUCUCUUGAUUAAAUUAUUAUUAGUCUUAAAAGCGAAUUUUAUAUUAUUUGUAUUUUUGUUCAGAAUUUCAGCGAAUUCGAUAGACAUAUUAUUUUGAUAUUUUAUGCUACAAUAGUUAAUAAUAUUUGGUAAGUUGUGUAUUUUUUUUCUUUAAUUAUACUUUUAUGAAUUUUUUCAAUACUAUUUAAAUGAAAUUAUUUUUAUGGGUUAUAUUAUAGAUAAUAUCGUGUUGAUAAUAAUGUUUUUUUAAUGGAAUACUUAUUAUUAAUUAUUAUUAUUCCAGAAAAACAAAAAGAAAAUUAUGCAAACGUGUGAAAAAAUCGAAAUCAUUAAUGGAAAAACUAUACUUAAAUUUCGAGAUUGUCAAAUGUAACAUACAAAUAGGGCCUGAGUACCUUAUAGAAUCUAGAAAUAUUUCUGCUGAAUGUUUUCGGUGGGCUCAAGAAAUAAAUAGUCAUACAUGGGUUACAAACAUAUUGACUGUAAGUGGUAUGAUAGAAUUUCGAUUGGAUAGUAUAGCGAAGUGUUGUAACAUGAUAAACAAGGCUAUUGAAAUCGCACAAAAUCUCCAAGUGCCCGGAGUUAUAAAGUUUCUGGAAAAGGUAAGUUGUACAUAAGUAGCCGAUAAUUUACAGAGUUGUUGACACUAUCGAGCAUUUAAUCAACACCUGUGGUUUUAUUUACUAGGCUGUAAAUGCUGUUAAUACAUUUUGUAAGUCGAUAUUAGCCAUUUAUGUAACCCCCAACUUAAGUAAAUAUUAAUUCGGAUUUAAUAUUCUAAGUUUAAAUAUUUAAAUAAAUGAUCUCCAUUCGCAUUUAUAAAAUGAAUAGGUAUAGUCAUGACGCUUAAGUCCUAAAAAUUAAGUCAGGUGAAUCAAUAAAAUUAUAAUAUAUUAUUUAUAUUAAUUAAAUAUAAUAAACUUCAUGAGGCCCUAAAAACUAAACACAGCCCAUUUUAUUUCCAAAAUUAUGUUUAGCAUAGGUGUUUAUUUCUGUAAUCAAAUAUUUAUUCUAUUUGGAAACCGAAGUUUGUCCAAAAUGAAGCGACCCUAUGCUUAAUUUCUAAAAGAAUUCGAACCAAGGCUCGACCUUAUCAUAGAAUUCAGCACCACUGAGUAUAGUUUAAAAAUUAAAAAAUAAAACUUAAAACUAAAUGGGAUUCCAUUAUAACUUGUCGCUUGGGUGUCACACUCUGUACAUAUUUAUAAAUAUAAAAAUAUGUAUAAAUACAAUUAUAAUUAUUUUGUUUAUCUUACAUUUUAAAAGAUCGUCAAACUUAGUUCAGAAAUAAAAAUUGUAGAAAUUUCUCCAAACGCCAAGAUACAAACGGAAAUAUUGAGUUUCAUGCCAAAUAUAGUAACUAAAAUGGAGGCCAUGUUUGUAUUCAGAAGACUAGAUACUAUGCCAAUAGAUAGACAAAUGUCUCUAGUACCUGGUGUUGCUUUAAAAUAUAAUAAUGCAAAAUACAGCCCAGCUCAAGCUGCUCAUAAAUAUUUAUCAAUAGUGCCUGGAAGUCAACAAAGUCGAUUGGGAAUAUCCGAUUUUAUGUUGAGGAAUAAAACUAAACUAAUUGUAAAUAUUGAUACUUAG